AUGUCAUCAGCACCUCAGGAGCUGGAGUCGACACGUUUAUUGGAACUGGCACCCAUUGUGUCGUUUAUGAAUGGUGAUAGUGCCCUUGAUGCCCUACUCAGCCGUCUUAAAAAGUCGAUUGGAACCGGAGAGGAGUUUGCCAAAUACGUUAAGAAAAGAGCUCAGAUUGAAGAUGAACAUUAUGGACUGUUGAAGAAGUUUGGUAAUAGUAUUAGAAUGCAAUAUAAGAAGAAUCAGGAUGCAUUGAAAAAUGAUUCCUUCAGUCGUAGUUUUGAUCUGAUUGUUGGUUUUGACGAAGAGUUGAUGAAUGUUGGUGGAGCUUAUGUUAAGGCUUUAAAUGUUAUGUAUGAUGAACUCAUUGCCUUGGUGGGCACAGUUUCUCGGUCAAGGAAAGCAACCAAAGAAGAUGCGAAACGGAAGGAAAAGGAUUGCUUGGAUGCUAUUCAGUUGGCUGAAAAGGCACAACAGAAAUAUUAUCAUCUCUGUGACGAUUUGAAACGGUUGAGGUCCUCAGAUUCAGGUAAAAGAACAGGGUUCUCUUUGAAGAAUAAAUCGGCAGAACAACAAGAGGAAGAACUACAACAAAAAAUUAAUGCUGCUGAUCAAGACUAUAGAGAUAAAGUGGCCUUAUGUAAAAAGGCUAAAAGUGAACUCUUAUUGGUUCAUAGACCAAGUUAUACCAAGAUCUUAAAGAAUUUGAUUUUGGAAAUCGAUAUUGCAAUGAAUGUUCAAUUACAAAAGUUUGCUACUUGGAAUGAAAAUUUGAUAAUGAAAUCGGGAGUCUUAAUUAGUCCUUUACAAAAUACCACUACAAAGAAGUCAAUGAAACAAUUUGCUACGGAUAUUAAUAGUGAGAUGGAUUUAUAUAAUUAUUUGCUGAAGGCUGCCCUGGUGCCUCCAACAAAUAAAUUGGUUCCCGUGGAAUAUAAAGUUCAUUCUUCCUUUGCAAACGUUAAGAAGACAACCACUAAACCUUUCCUUAAUAAUACCUCAACCGGUUUGGCAUCCGCUGCUACUAUUGGUGCUGGAGCUGGAGCUGGAGCUGGAGCUGGAGUUGGUGGUGCACCACCAUCCAAUUACCGAAAUACCACUGCUGCUACCACCACUAAUAACAAUAUCCUCAAUUCCAGUACCACUUCAUCAGCCCCAUACCCCGAGAAUUUCUCUUUAUCCAAUUCUCAUCUCAGUCCUGCUUAUUCACAAUCACAAUCACAACCAGGUCCAGGUUACCCAACAAGUCCUAUUGAUGCUUCUUUUAUAGACAGAGCAGGAACGUCUCCCCAGAAUUCAUUUCUUAGAGAAUCACCUUCUUCCGGUCCUUACAGUUCGUUAGAUCCCAAUGCUUCAUCUGGAACAACUCCAAUUAUAGGGGAUGGAACCUUUCAAAAUAGUGCUACGACCAAUACUAAUGCUCCUACACACACUCGACCAACAUUUGGAGUUUCAAUUGAAGAAGUAGCUCAAUAUGCUGGUGUUGAAAGUGUUCCUUUGGUUGUCACUCGGUGUAUUCAAGUAAUUGAAGCCCAUGGAUUAGAUUUAGAAUUUAUUUAUCGAACCAGUGGGAAUAAAGUUGCUGUUGAACAAAUGAAACGAGAAAUUGAUCAAAACUUUGCCAAUUAUGUCAAUAUUGGAAAUGAAAUAGACAGCGCUAAUGUUAUGGAUGCUCAAAUUCAUGCUGUGGCUUCCCUUUUGAAGUUGUAUUUUGCUCAAUUACCUGAACCAUUAUUAACUAAUGAUCAUAUAUGGCAAUUCCUUGAUACCAUGAAGCUGCAAGAUGAAAGUUAUAAGGCCAAAAAAUUGCACCAUUUGGUCUACAGCUUACCUGACGGAGCAUAUUAUACCUUGAGAGCUAUUUUAUUCCAUUUGGUGAAAGUUUCUGCUCAUAAGCAAAACAAUAAGAUGUCAGCUAAUGCCUUGGCAACAGUUUGGUGGCCAGCACUUUUGCAUGAUGAUUCUAAUCCGGAAGAUGUUGAAUGUAAAGCAAAACUUAUUGAGGAAUUGAUGGUAGUUGCACCUGAUAUCUUUGAACUUGAUCCUGAAGAUGAAUAA